CGAGAAAAUGCCCGAAGGCAUGUUUGAAAAGAACACGCCCCUGUUUCCCUCCUGAAUGAAGCUUCCAGCAUGGGAUGCAGACUGGCAGCUAGUGCGGCGUCAAAAGGAGGACUGCGUCAUUGUGAACGGCAGUAAAUAGUAACAGUAAACUCGUCACAGAGAAGAGAAGACAAGAGGGAAGACCAGACAGGAGGCUGUCAGUCAGACUCACCCGGGAGGAGCAAACAUCAUCUCGGCGUACACAAUGACCAACAUUGCAGUGCAAAGAAUUAAGCGGGAGUUCAAAGAAGUUCUCAAAAGUGAAGAGACAAGUAAAAAUCAGAUAAAAGUCGAGAUGGUGGAUGACAACUUCACAGAGUUAAGGGGCGAGAUAGCAGGUCCUCCAGAUACACCAUAUGAAGGAGGCAGGUAUCAGCUUGAAAUCAAAAUCCCAGAAACCUAUCCCUUUAACCCACCAAAGGUACGAUUCAUCACAAAGAUUUGGCACCCAAAUAUCAGCUCUGUGACCGGGGCAAUAUGUCUGGAUAUUUUAAAAGACCAGUGGGCGGCUGCUAUGACCCUGCGGACAGUCUUACUGUCUCUACAAGCCCUCCUCGCUGCAGCAGAACCAGAUGAUCCACAGGAUGCUGUUGUAGCAAACCAGUACAAGCAGAACUUGGACAUGUUCAAACAGACCGCAAGGAUGUGGUCUUACAUCUAUGCAGGUGCUCCGGUCCCAAGUCCGGACCACACACGCAAAAUCGACAAACUCUGUGCCAUGGGUUUUGAUAAGAAUGCAGCAAUAGUGGCCUUGUCUUCCAAAUCCUGGGUUAUUGCAAUGGCGACAGAGCUGCUCCUUAGCAACUGAAAGCCAACCAGGCAACGCAACCGCCCCAAAUCUUUGCAACAUCACAGAAUUUUUACCGCACAGCCACCAAUUCUGUAUUCACCACAACAGACUGAACCUUCUGAAGUCCUAAGCAGCAGCAGCUCGACUGCUCUGUGUGAAGCUUCUAAAGCAGAGGUGGCGACCUUUACGAUCACAAGAGCCAUUUGACCCCUUCCAGGCAGAAGAAAAGUAGUCUGGAGCCGCAAAACAUAAUAGCUCUUAAGUUUUUUUUUAAUCUUGCUUAAUCUUAACUGAAGUGCAGUGUGCAUGCGUAACGGAUGACAAGUGGUGAAGUACAUUGGUUAGACCUCAGCCACUGACGGCUUUAGGAAUGUUUCUUUUAGCUCGCUGAUCAAUGCCGCUCCACUUAAAAGCUCCAUCGGUGGACUUAGGUGGUCGCCGGUUGGAGUCUUUCGUGUGUAGGGCUGACCAGUUACACAUAUGUUGUACUACUUUGAAAUAAAUUACUACUAAUGUUGAGUGGUAGUACGGACAUACGAAUUUUCAAGUAUCACUGAACAAUUAUGCUGUGUUUAUUGAAAACAGAAGUAGUUGACGGCUAUAAUAGUGCUGAAAGGUGGAGACUGUAACAUGGACAUUUAUUUCAUUUUAAAUUGAGGACAGAUGUCUAUAAUGUAAUAAAGAUUUCAAUUAUUCUGUUAAUUUUAUAUUGAGCUAAAAAAUUUAAAAACACUUUUUCCCCCUCAUGUAUUUGUAUUACUCUAACACAUGCAUCAAAUAAAAUUCGGGUUUGCGGCA